AUGCAAGUUGGAGGCAAACAACUUCCCAGCACGACGAGUGCGGGUAAGCAAUUACCACUGCCCGUUUCGUCGGGGGCGGCGUCGCCGUCUUCGACCGAUCCGGCAGCGGCCGUCGUCCCGUCCAACGAAACGCAAUCCUCCAGUGCGGUGUCUUUUACACCAUCUUGGCGAGCACGCGAUAUGGCGGCGCGUCUGCUGACCUACCGCAAGAGUCUCGUUGAGUCGCACAUGAAUACGACGGACCACGAAAUGCCCAUGUCCACCGACUUUGACGUACGUGCAACGCUGUCCUUCUUACAAGCGCCCAACAACGCUGCCGUGGUCCGACAAGCCUUUGAUCUUGCCGCCACGGCUGUCCUGAACGCCCUCCAAAAACCCAUGGAACCGGAUGAACCCGCAGAGAUUGGCGACAUUGUUGGUUUGCCGAAGGAGUUGCAAGCUCACGAAGCACUCAUUCAAUUACGCCACCAAGCGUUGGAACGGGCACACAACAAUAAGGAAUACGCCAAGCGCAAAAGCAGUGUCAAAAUUGAAAAGAAGGCGAUAGCCUCCGUACCUAAAAGGACCAAGGCAAAAAUUACUCCGACUACUUCUACGGCCCCAGAAGCUGCCGUUGUCGAGACCAAGGCUGUUGACUCGAUACCGUCAAGCACAUUGCCGAAGCAUCCGUUGCCUCAAAAGAGUAAGAUUGAGACCGAAACUAUCGAGGUGCCGGAGCAGACUCCGUCCACAAGCAAUUCACUCCGCAUGUCCACGACAAAACCCGACACAACUACCGUACCGCCGGCGCCCAAAGAGCCCACCACUCCAAAAUUUACCCGCAAUACGCCGGCAUCUUCCGCUGCCGCUUUGGACUUUCGAUUCAAUUCCAGCAGGGCAAUUUUAUGUGCUGCGGGAAACCUUGUCUUUGCCGCCUUGACGCCCGUCCAUGUGAAUGUUGCGAACGACGGUGGCGUUGAUGACGAAUCGUUGGAUAUCGUCAAUGUCCCGCAAAAUCCGAAAAAAGUGUCGGCGGUUGCAGAUGACAGCGAAAACACGACCGCAGCAAAUGUAUCUACAUCAUCAACGGACGUAAACAUGGGAGCCGUUGUUGUUGAAGCUCGGAAGCUAGGCCAGAGGACCAUUUCUGUCGUAGAAAACGCCACCCGGCGGUCGAAACUGCGGUACGAAUACCGGAAGGCCAACGCCCGUCAGGAACAUGAUGUCGACGAAAGCACUGAUACUCAGUAUUUGGUUAUUCCAAAUCCUUUCGAUUGGGACCCCGAAGACGACGGUGGCUGUACAGAUGAAGAAUCGCGUUCCGUAGCCUCCGAAGAUUUGCCCGUUAUUCCCUAUCAACCAAUGAAAGGUGCCUUGACAGAAGAAUGGAACACGGCUUGCUUACCGCGACUUUUGUCGAUCCUCCACCAAGGUGCCGGUCACGCCUUGUACCACGAUGUUAACUGGUCGUCUCGGUAUGGACGAGUUGCCAAUCUGUUACGGACUCUAGCGAAUGAGGACAACAAUUAUGGGCCUCACCUUAUAUUGACAACUGAGCCUGAGGUACGCCGUUUCGCUCAAGAGUUUCAUGACUUGCAUACAAAUAUUCAACUCGUUACUACACCAGAGACUCGAAAGCUACAAGUAUUGGCUUACCAAGGUGGUACUUCUCAGCGCCGUAGUAUGCGCCGGCACUUUUCAAAGGCAUCAGGACUGUCCGGAGCACCUCUCCACGUUUUGGUGGCGUCAUAUGCAGAUUUCUUAGAAGACUUUUUGCAUUUUUGUCAAGUGCCCUUAGAGACUGUGGUUUUGGAUGACGGGGCUUCCUGGAUGGCGGCCGCUCAAGGUGAUCAAAAUUCAGCCUUGGGGCAUGUUUGGACUAGCGGUAUUUUCAGUGCCAAUGAUCAUCAGACGGGGUUGGCCGGAACAGCUUUCCGGGGAUGGGAUUUUCAAGCUGGCGAGUUUUCCGAAGCGGUACUCAAGGACGCAUGGGUCGGCCUAACAUCCCGUCAUAGAAUUUUGGUAGCUGCGAGCCCGUCACCUACCCAGUUGAGCAAGGCCACUUCAGGCGAUGUUAUACCAGUAUCUGGGUUGAUUGACUUUCUGGCACCACACUUUUCAGACGUUGUCCGAGAAGAAUGGGAUAGGAGUCGAAUAACAUCUGAUGCUGCUAGUAUGGAACACUUUCGCAAGCUAGUGGCACGGUCUACAGUUGUACAUCACGCCGGUUCUGCUAUAAAAGAUAUGAAACGCCUGGCGCUGCUGUCCCUGACAGGUGAGUUGCCGCCACCCGAUCGGUCCUAUUUACCCCGAGUCCACGACAUCGUGCAAGAGGAAACGUUUGUGUUGGACAAUAAAAUCGCCUUUUCACGGCGCAGUUCAUUGGUAUGUCUGGGUCCACCCGAAACGUCAUGGUUGCGGUUCGAAUUGGGAAAGGCCAGCUUCCAAAAUAUUUUGGAAGCCAUGAAAGCAUCGAAUCACUAUGGUCACUUUUGUGAAGAAAUUACGACAGCGUCAUCCACAACAUCUUCAGGUGCCAACGGGCAAGUGGCGGGCACCAUGGCGUUUCGACCAGCUGUUUGUUGUGGUCGGCACUUCGGUUCUGAGCAAGGCUUGCGACAGCAUGUGUCUGCCUUGCAUGCUCCACCAGGCACAUGGCUAUGCCGUACAUGUGGAAGUGAUUGCAUAACAAGCCAAGCCAGGACUCAUCACGAACGUUCUUGUGGACAGUCUUCAGCUGGAAGUAGCGGCGAUCAAGCUGGUACGGUCGGAGCAACGCCAACAGUUGGGCAGGGUGGUGUGAAGAGUGGUGUAGGCAAGAAAAAAGCUUCGCGACCAGGUUCUUCUCAGCAAAUCGUAGCGCCCAUGGGUGAAAAGGAUCCUGACGGUUCUCUCCGUGUUCCGGGGUACCGCGGUGUAUGGGUCAGUAAAGAAGGCAAGCAUUUCAUCAAAAUUGAUGGUCAGCGAUUCAAAAGGUCAGAAAACGACAAGGACAUAGAGUUUUUUGACAGCAUCGAUGAUGCAGCUAAGAAGCAUGACGAGGUUAUCCGAAAGGGAAUGAAGUCUCCUAAGGCCGAGUUCAAUUUCAAACCGGAUGGAUCAAAAAUUGUGUACGAAGACAUAACUCCUGCAUCAACGAGUGGGCUUGGAGGCAGCGCUUCGAACGUUGUACCCGCGCUUUCGGUCAUCAACAUAAAGGAUCUCCCUCCUGACGUAAAACCUUUGCUCCGCGAUCCACGGCAAACGUCACGAACUGGAGGAAACUCAAAGCGACACAUCUAUGCCUACCGCGGAGUUUGUAGACAGGCCAGGAAGGGCCAUGAUCGAUGGCAAAGUCAAAUUUCUUUCAUGGGAGUUAAUCAUUAUCUGGGUACAUUUGAUUCGGAAUGGGACGCCGCAGCUAUAUAUGCGUGGGCACAUCUUAUUCUUUAUGGCGAAGAGGCUACAAGGGCAGCCCAAAAGGAGGGCGAAGAGGCCGCGGCUGCCUAUGAGCAGGAGAAGCGGGAUAUUGCCAGCGGUAAGAUUCCCGAACCGACUCCCAAGCCUGAGAAAAAAAAGAAGCCUGUUACUAAAAAACUGAAGACGAAGGAGGAACAGAAGAACAAUGAUGCUACAAAAACGCAGGUCGCAAAUGGCAGAAAGGUAGGAGACGUAUCGAAGAAAGUGCCCGUUGCUGCGCUUUCGCCCGAAAAGGCGAAAAAACAAUCUACAAAAAAGACGUCGGACGCGCCAAAAAAGCGAAAACGAGCAGCCAAGGAAAAGACCGCAGAGAAGAAGUUCAAAGCUUCGCCCAGGUACGAAAAGGAAGCGAUAGGGACCACCGUUGCUAAAGGGGUUAGCAAAGCUCCGAUCCUCUCAUACCGAGAAAUCUAUGCUGGUAUGAAAGAUGCCGAGCUCACUAAGCUCACUGCUCAUAACUUGACCGCAGCCAUUGAUGUAGGCUAUUGGGUCGCUGACACCCAGGUCAGCCAUUCGGCCGUAGACCCGAUUCUGCGACCCUGUAUUCCUGCGUUCUCCACUCUUGGCAUGGCAUGUAUCGGCGGAGCAAUGCUUUAUGGUCUCUCUCCGAGCGUGUUUGAAUGGAAUUUGGAAGCCUUUAUUGAGAACAGCAAACCUGGGUCCGAACAAGACACGAUGACUGCUAUUCAAAUGCUUGCUGUCGAAUACGACGAGGAUGGUGUGAACGAGAAGUUCCGCAGCGCUAUGCAAGGGACUAUGUGUGUUCUCGGUAGCGCAAGCAAGACUACGCAGCGAGCAUACAAGGCACUUGGGUUUGGAGCAGUGCCAUUUGGGGGAAGUGUAGGAAGGCUUGAUUGCCAUGUGGGGGGUAUGCCAGGAUCGUGUACAGAGAAUGCUGCCUGUAUCACUUUUGCAACAAAUAACAAUUCUUCUUUUCAGUUCUCCUGCUUAUCAAACGAAGACAUCGUUACCCAUAAUGGGAAGAGACUUUUGAUUGACAUGGGGUCGCUUCCGCUGCAGCACAACGAUGUCUGUUCGGUGGGCGCUCGAGUUUUUGCCUUUAUCUGUCCUGAUCACAAAGGAUAAUCCUUCGUAGUUGAAAAUAAGCACAGAUUCGAAAGCUCAGAAUGAGUUGUUAAAAAUCGAAGUUAUUCCUUA